AGCAAACUGUCUGUGCGCUAGGAAGGGGUCGCUUCAGCUCGCGCUCCGCACAGCCCGUUCAAAUAUCAACUGCAAGCUGUUGAAGUCCGUUUAUUUCGUUGUAACUAGAGGUGUCGUGAAACCGCAUCCUUUCCGAGACUCGUAACCGCAGCGUUAGGAAGGCAACAGUGGAUACAUCCAUAUUUACAACUCAUAAAAGGCCUAGCGCGUGCUCUUGCGACGUUUAAAUCACCGUUUAUUAUUGCAUGUGCUGUCUCAAAUACGCGUUACAGAAGUUAGCAGGCAGCGGAGAAGUUGAAUAAAGCGAAUAAACAAACGAGGGUAGGUUUGUGCUAUGGGCUUACUGUCUCAAUUGGGAAGAAACCAAGAAACAUGCUGACCACGUUAGAAAACACGGGAUCCUGCAGUUCCUCAACAUCUACAAUAAGGUGAAGGAUCGUAAGAAGGAUGUGCUCAAAUGGGGAGACGAGCUGCUGAGAGAGUGACAGUAAAUUUGGCAUCUUCUCCCAUCUGUCUUAAUCCACCGCUCUCUAGUUUUUAACUCUUCUGGAAAGUGGAUUUUUUUUUUUGCUCUUGGAGAAAAUAGGUGGAGUACAUGUUGGUGGAGAUGGUUGAAAAAAAGAAAAAAUCUAUCUAAAAAAUCUAUUUUGAACGGGUGUUUUGGAAACUCUUCAGGAGAAAGGUGAAAAGAUCAACCCCAAGUUAGGCUGCCCAGGCUUCACACAGCCAGAGUACAAACCAACACCUGUUGAAAGAGGAGUGUCCAAAUCGCUGUUCUUUCCUGAUGAGGCCAUCAACAGACACCCAAGAUUCAGUUUACAAAGAUAGAAACACCCCUUCCCCAUUUGUAGAGACAUUCCCAGAAGAUGAUGGUGAGGCUGCGCGGGCGGCCCUGCCCGAUCACAUCUACAUGGACGCCAUGGACUUUGGCAUGGGAAACUGUUGCUUGCAGGUAGCAUUCCAGGCAUGCAGCAUUAACGAGGCGCGGUACCUCUACGAUCAGCUAGCCACAUUCUGUCCUAUAGUGAUGUCUCUCAGUGCCGCUUCACCCUUUUAUCGUGGCUUCGUAUCAGACAACGACUGCUGCUGGGGUGUGAUCUCUGCCUCUGUGGAUGACAGAACUCAAGAGGAGAGGGGACUAGAGCCACUGAAAAACAAUAAAUUCCGGAUUAACAAGUCACGGUAUGAUUCGAUUGACAGCUACCUGUCCUGCUGCGGUGAGAAAUAUAAUGACAUUGAGCUGAUUAUUGAUGAAGACAUCAACAAACAGCUGCUUGAUGCAGGCAUUGACAAACUGCUGGCGCAGCACAUUGCACAUCUCUUCAUCCGCGACCCGCUGUCACUCUUCCAGGAGAAGAUACAUGUAGAUGAUGAGAACGAAUCAGACCACUUUGAGAAUCUUCAGUCAACCAACUGGCAGACAAUGAGGUUUAAGCCCCCACCUCCAAACUCUGACAUAGGAUGGAGAGUCGAGUUCCGCCCAAUGGAGGUCCAACUGACAGAUUUUGAGAACUCUGCUUAUGUGGUUUUCAUCGUUCUUCUCACCCGUGUCAUCUCGUCCUAUAAAUUGGAUUUCCUCGUUCCAUUAUCAAAGGUUGACAAGAACAUGAAGGUUGCCCAGAAGCGUAACGCCGUUCAAGAGGGCAUGUUUUAUUUCCGGAAGGAUGUUUUUAAAGGCUGUAACCAGCCCACCACAGCUCAGAAUGGAGUGAAUAGUGACUGUAAUGAUGGUGAAGAGUUCACGCUGAUGAGUAUCGACACCAUCAUCAAUGGGAAGGAGGGGGUAUUUCAGGGACUGAUACCAAUGCUGAACAGCUACCUUGAGAACAUGGAGGUGGAUGUGGACACGCGCUGCACUAUCCUCAACUACCUGAAGCUUAUUAAGAAGCGCGCUUCUGGUGAGCUGAUGACUAUGGCUAAGUGGAUGAGGGAGUUUGUCGCCAAGCAUCCUCAGUACAAGCAGGACAGUGUCAUUACAGACAAAAUAAAUUACGAACUGCUGCACAAGUGCGACAGAAUCGCAAAGGGUGAAGAGAAAUGUCCGGAACUGAUCGGAGAGCCAGUUAACGGGAAAAUGAAGCCCACUCAGAAAAUGUACUGUCAUAUGAGAACCUUUGCAUGAGAACGGAAGACCAAGUAUGUAACAAGAAGUGGUCCAGAAAAAAGAAAUGAAUUUAAAGAGAAUAUUUAAAAUGGCAUGUGCUGAUUGCCGAGGCCAUCCAAAUAUUUGUUGAAUUUGUAAAUAUCAGAUUUUUAUGAUUCGCAAAUUAUUUUAAUAGCUUCAGAAGAUCCAUGAUGUAAUUGCAGUUGAAUAUGUACAUAUUUCACGCAGCUCUCGGUUUGUAUGAGAUUAUGUAAAUGUAGCUAACAAUAAAUUGUACAUUUAGUAAGAUUUGCGUUGUUGAAAUGUAUUGUAAAUACUGUACUUCAUCAGGCAUUAACAAGUGUACUUUAUUUUUUAUAAUGGACAAAACCAUUGACUUGCAUAACAGAUUAUUAUCCCUGUUAGAGGUUUAAGUAAUAUUUUACCAAGAUUGAAUUUAAGAUGCACAGAUUUAGCACGGAAACUGAUUUCUUGAUGGAAGUCCAUGUGCAGCACUGACUAAAACUCAUGUAGUACUUUAUAUGGAAAACUCUAGAAAACAAUAGUGGUGUGUUUCUAACAAGUCAAGAUAUAAUAUUUAAAGCCCAUUUAAUUUAUACUAUAUUGAUUCUUACAGUCAACUAGUUUACAUUACAGAGGUAAAUUUAAGUCCACCACUAGAGGGUGCAGAGGGCCUUUUGUUUUUUAUUACAAUACUGAAAAGAUGAAUUAGAUAAAUAUGAAGAAUUGGAUUAAGAAUUAAGAAUUGGACUUUGUAAGUUUUAAUGUCUGAAUAUGGCUUGAAAUAAAGUAAUUCCUGUACAUUUUAUUUGAACUUACUGAGUGGCUCAUAUACAUUGACCAACAAUGCCUUUUAGACCACUAAAAUCAUUUGAGCUAGUAAUAAUGAAAUCAGUUGAAACAGUUCUUUAAAUUGUAGUUACAUAGCUUGUUUGUUCUUUAAAAUUGAAUUAUUUGAUCAAUAUCAGAUUAGGGACUGUCCCUGUCGGUGAGCUAUCGGUUUCACACAUGCUUUAUUGACUAUUUAC